AUGUCUUCCCAACGCGUUGAUACCAAGCAAUUCAACACAUUCGGUCAUGCUUUGCCUCUCCUGCUCGACGAGAACACUGGCAAAGAACUCGUCAAAUCCAGUCGAAAGCGCGAAGAUGAUAUUUUCAAAAUCGACGGGAAGCAGAGAUUCCACGGCGCCUUCACUGGUGGCUUUUCUGCUGGCCAUUGGAACACCGUCGGAAGCGCAGAAGGCUGGGCGCCGCAAGAAUUCAAAUCGUCGAGGAAAGAAAAGGGAGCGCAGAAACGACAGCGUCCGCAGGACUUCAUGGACGACGAUGACUUCGGCGAGUUUGGAAUCGCCCAUCGAAAGAUUCAAGCUCGAGCAGACUUUGGGAAAGCAGAUGUGUUCGUCGAUAGUGGCGUAAAAGACUCGGACGCGUUGAAGUUCACUCUUGGCUUGGGUCUCGCAGCAGCAACGAGAAUCGUUCAAGGCUCAGAAGCAAACUGGGGCAAUAAGCUGCUCAGAAAACUCGGCUGGAAAGAUGGCCAAGGAAUCGGCGCGCGGAAAAGGGCAAAGCAAUCGGAAAUUCAUGGAAAUCUUGGAAAGAGAAUCGGGCCCACGAUGCCUUCUCGAGAAGCGCUCGUCGCCAACCAGCCUAUUUCUUUUGCACCGAAGGAUUGCUGCCCGAUUACAUUUCAAGCUAAAGCGAAUAAUAAAGGUCUUGGUUUCAAGGGCGUCACGGCUUUUGGAUCCGAAAUGGCGACGAACUCAAAGGCGCUUUCGGUGACUGUUGAAGGUCGAAAAAUGAAUAUUGCUGGACAAGCGUUUGGCGUUGGCGCACUUGAAGAAGAAGAUGCUGACAUUUACGCGCAAGACUCGAUGAUGAACUACAACUUUGACAUCAAAACGGAAAGGGAAAUCCAGCAGGAUAAACGACGAGCGAAAAUAGAAGAGGACAACAAAUUCCGCGCUCGUUAUGCCCUCAAAGCACCCAAGAUCGAGGGCGGCUACAACGAUGUUCUCGAAGGCUUCGUUCGAGGAAGACCGGUCAAGAAGAACAAGAAGUUCAAAAUGCCUGAUAUUCCAAGAGGCUACACGGGAACCCACGAAUUCGACCACGAUUGCAAAUCGGCGAUGAUAAUUCAAGCCUGUCAGGAUAUUGCUCGUUCCGUGGACGAAAUGGCUUCGAAAUACAAGGUCGCCAUUCCUUCGUACGUCAAAGGAGGGAAAAGCACACAGCUGUCGGUGGAACAGCGCGCGCACAUGCUACACGAACCCGCGCCGAAUAUUAAAAAAGAAGAGCCAAAGGCCGAGAUAAAUUUCCAGUGCAAAUGGAAAGAUCACGAAAAGCAAGAACGCUACGAUAGAUAUUGUAUCAACGUAAAAGAUGGAAAACUCAAUCCUUACGACGGCCUUGCGCGAGAUGAUUAUACAAAAUGGGAAAUUGACAAAGAAAAGGCGGAAUUCGAGCGAGCAGCUACUCAAAAAUCUGCAAUUACGGAAAUCAUGAAGAAUCGAUUCAAAAGGGCACAGUAUCAAGACAAGGACGAGAACGUCUCGCUUGCUAAAUCGAAGAGGGAGAAGAUGUAUCAGGAAAAAAUUGAUGCCGUGAAGAUGAAUUUCUUCGGCGCGAUGACGCAUGAGUGCUACGACUGGUAUCCAUCGAAGAUUGUUUGUCGAAGAUUCAACGUUCCUGAACCCUAUCCCGGCUCGACCCAGCUUGGCUGUCCUUGGCUUGAAGCAGAGAACAAAAAAAGUCAAGCUGCCGAAGAAACAGUUCAAGAUAUCUUCGGCGCGAGCGACUAUCAAAUGGGUCUUUUCAAAUCAGAAGAAGGGAAAACUGCAAGCUCUUCUGAUGCUCCUAAAGAUCAAACUACAACUCAAACUUCAAGUUCUGAGCCUCCAGUACAAAUGAGCGGAGGACUCGCUUCCGCUGCUGAUUUAUUGAAAAUGGAGGAGCAGCAAUUCUCUGCUGCUCCAGCUCAAGCGCCUGUGAGAAAAAGUCUGAUGGAGUUGAAACGCGAGCUCGUUCAAAAACAAGUGCAACGGGAGGUCAAGAAAAAGUUCGAAAUCAACCCUAGGCCUGUCCCUGGCUCUGCAGAGAGUAAGCUUCCAGCAACAGUUAAAACGAUCGUCAGAGAAGUCGAUUUGAACCAACAAACAAAGCCAAUGUCAAAACAGCCCUCGCGAUUUUCCAAAUUCGCUGAGCCGGAAAAAGCGGAUUCGGCAACCAUCAGCGCGAAAAAAUUACGUAUCAAGCAGAGACAAGAGAAGGUGUCGGAAAAGCUUACGACGGUUGCCGCCCCAGCUAGUUCCACAGAUGCAGAAUCAGCAUCUGCGCCUCCUGAGCCUGAAAAGCCAUCUGGGCCGGCGCCACUUCAGUGGUCGCGCCCGGGAUCAACGUCUCUUCUAAAAAAUCUUCCCAAAGCAGAAGUCAAGGAGGAAAAGAAAGAUUCUGAUGAUGAUCUUGACGCAAUGCCUAAAUUUGUCUUUACGUCCAAAAAGGAUCGCCAAACAACCAAAAACAACGAGAAAAACAAGAAUUCUGUCGCGACCAACUUGAAAAUGGAAGUUGACGAUGAUGGUUCUCAUGGACCAGCUUUGCCUAGCGGAUUUAAAAUAGAAAAUUCCACCGAGUUCCCCAAUUUGGAAGAUGAAGUGAUUUCGUCUGAUUCUGAUGAAAAUUGCUGGCAAGUUUCGACUGAUAAAAAAUCAAAGAAGAAAAAGUCCAAAAAGGAGAAGAAGAAAAAGGAGAAAAAGGAAAAGAAGGAGAAAAAAUCGAAAAAGUCAAAGCGCUAG